GGCGUGGCGAAAAUUUCAACGAAGUUAUAUAAAAGCAAUCGUGCACGGCUUUGUAUCUUCCACACAGUAGAACACCAUCGGGUCCUCGACCGCACCAACAGCUGAGGGGUCGCACAACGGCAAUCAUACUGGAGCUAUAAACCCAAAUCAACGGGGUUUCCCGUUCAAAGCACUGCAUUCACCAGACAUCGGAUUAGCGAAGUGAGACCAGUCACUCCAGCUAACUGAACCGUUGUUGCCGGAAGCCACCGAUCCGUUCAGGAAAAAAAAAAAAGUCACCGAAUCAGGAAGCAAAAUGGUGCAGAACAAGAUUGCAGCCGUAACCGGAUUCCAUCGCUCUUUCAAGGGCCAAAAUCCUUUCGAAACGGAUGAAUUCUCCAAAACCGGAUCCCACCUUCUUGAUCCCGCCUUCGGUUUUGAUUGCUCCACUCGCCCUGACAUGCCAUCCAGCCAGCCGAUCGACAUCCCCGAUGCCAAGAAGCGAAACAAGAAGAAAAAGAGGUGCCGGGCAACAGACAGCUUCUCCGGACGGUUUGAGGAUGUCUAUAAGCUACAGGAUGAAUUGUUGGGAGAAGGAGCGUAUGCUAAAGUGCAAACCUGCAUCAGCCAGAUCACACAGAAGGAAUACGCUGUGAAGAUCAUAGAGAAGAGACCGGGACACAGUCGCAGUCGUGUAUUCAGGGAGGUGGAAAUGCUGUAUCAGUGCCAGGGCCACAGAAACAUCCUGGAGCUUGUGGAGUUUUUUGAGGAAGAGGAUAAGUUUUAUCUGGUGUUUGAGAAGCUGAGAGGAGGCUCCGUCUUGAACCACAUUCACAGAAGGAGACACUUCAGUGAACAGGAAGCGAGCAUUGUGGUGCAGGACAUCGCAAGCGCUCUGGACUUUCUGCACAACAAAGGAAUGGCCCACAGAGACCUCAAGCCAGAAAACAUCUUAUGUGAACAUGAAGACAGGAUUUCACCAGUGAAAAUUUGCGAUUUCGACCUGGGCAGUGGAAUCAAACUGAACAGCGACAGCUCUCCCAUCUCCACCCCAGAGCUCCUCACACCGUGCGGUUCUGCCGAAUACAUGGCGCCCGAGGUGGUGGAGGCGUUUAACGAGGAAGCCACCAUCUACGAUAAACGCUGCGACCUGUGGAGCCUGGGCGUCAUCCUGUACAUCAUGCUGAGCGGCUAUCCUCCCUUCGUGGGCCGCUGUGGAAGCGACUGUGGCUGGGAGAACGGGGAGCCUUGUCACGCGUGCCAAAACACACUGUUUGAGAGUAUCCAGGAGGGCAAAUACGAGUUUCCUGAGAAAGACUGGGCUCAUAUCUCCUGGGGUGCCAAAGACCUCAUCUCCAGACUGUUGGUCCGGGACGCAAAGAACCGGCUCAGUGCAUCUCAGGUUCUGCAGCACCCAUGGUUACGAGGGGGUGCUCCUGCUUCUAUCCCAGCCUCCAUCCUGCUUCAGAGAAACAGCAGCGCCAAGGACCUGACAUUCUUUGCCGGACAGGCGAUGGCUGUGAAUCGGCAGCUCGCGGAGCAGGACGACCUCGACGCGCAGCGGCAGGAAGAGGCGUCUCCUCAGGUAGUGACGGCAGGCGCGUGCUCUAUGCGUCUCUCGCCACCAUCCAACUCCAAACUGGCCAAACGGAGGCAGAGGAGCAGCACCAUAAAGGGGGCGCCGGUGUCUGCCGCCGAGCUCAGCCAGCUCCUCGCACCGCUCGUCCUUAUCGGAGAUUGCGCCUGAGAGACAUUUCAGUUCCACUCAACCUGCUGGACAGUUGUCGAGGAAAUUAUUAUUAUUUUUUUUUUUUUUUAAAUAAAUCUCUGCUGCACCCCGGUUCAAGUGUCCCUCUGUCUAUCUGUACGUCUCCCUCAUUAAAGGAUUUCAUCAUCUAAGAAAUUUCUGGGAGAUGCAAUUCCUGUAUGCAAAAUGAGGCUCAUCCCGAACCCUGUCGCAGCGUCGCUCCCUCCUUUUGUUCAUCCUCAGGCUUCUCCAGCACUUCUGUCAGCACCCAGCAGCAGGGUUCGGGACAGAUAAGAUAAACAGAGGAAUCCCCCCCCCCCCCCCCUUUUUUUUUCCCUUUUUCCAUUUAAAUCAUCUAACAGGCAGAACAAUUUGAAGCCAAGCCGCUCAAGACACCAAAGGACUACAACACCCACUGAAACCCCUCCCCUUUCCUCAGCUGCUUCCACUUUUACAACUGGAUUCACUGUGAAUUUUUUUUUUUUUUUUUUAAUUUUUUUUCCUUCUUCUUUUUUUCUCAAUGAGAAGACUUUCUGCCUCCUGUACGUGUGUACGAGUCCCGACAUCCCCAUCGUCAGUAAGAUUCGCACGCUUUAUGCAAUUCCUAAUGACUUCUUCGGUCAUUUUGUCAGACUUCUGGGAGAUCUUUUCUGUGCUGCCAGUGCCUCAGUGCUCCUCGCCUCGCCUCACCUCACCUCACCUCACCUCCAUUAGUGUUCCAAAGCCAAUGAAUUCCUGUCAUCAGCAGACAAAACCCCAGACACGUAUUGUAUACAGCAUUAAACUCGGCGUCUGGUAUUCAGGAUCGGCCUCUUUUACCAAAUUAAUGAAAGCACUUAACGUUUUUCUCGGAGUGUCACCAAAUGUUUCAAAUCUGUGCCCGAGUUCUCGCAAAUACAUCCGACCGCAUUUUCUCCAAAAUUGCACUCCGAGAACUCGGAUCGUCUUCACGUAACUCGGGAGCCUACUUAAGUUUCUUUUUUCUUUCCUCCCACCGAAUCAUUUAAAAGCCGUUAACUUCUCAGACUCGUCUUCUGUUGAAGACGCGAAGGUUUAAUCGGCACACACAGGAAAUUCCCACUAUCUAAAGUCGACCACGAUGUCAGGAGAAAUUAGAGAUCAGCACAACAGAGGGGGUCAGUCUUUAAGCGCACACAGGGCAGGACGAUCACGUGGUUAUGCAAGCACAGGUUUGUUUACGUGACUAAACCUUCUCCAGCUGCUCAUGGAACAAGGCUUUCACUUCAGUUUGGUACCGGCGCCGCGGUCCGAUGGUGCGGCGAUGUAGAAAACCGUCGCCAGAUUAGUAUGACGUUUAAUACCCAUUACAACGACGGGGAGACAUUCGUUUGUCAUAAUGUUAAAAAUUUUAAAUAAUAAUAAUAAUAAUAAUGGAAAUGCAUUCCAGAAAAAAAAAUCAGUCAGAAAAUCUUAUUAAAAAAAAAAAAAGUCUUCCAUGGAAAAGUAGCUGUAUAAAUGUUUUUUUUUUUUUUUUACUUUUUUUUGUUUGUUUGGUUUUUUUUGGUUUUUUGUUUGUGCAUAACUCCAUUUGAAUAUUGAAACUGUGCCACACUGUUUUAAGCUUUUUAUUUUUAUUAUUAUUAUUAUUAUUACUGUUGUAUCUUCAUCUUCAAGCAGGUGCUGUUCAAACGUUCAGGUGAAACACCGGAUAUUUUGCUUCGUUUCCUCACGAAUAUAUAUUUUUUCUUCAUUUUUUUUUAUAUAUAUAUUAGCUCAUUUAAGUAUUCGCUUGCGAUAUCGCAGGUGCAGACGAUGCUGUAUAAAAACGUGAAAGAUUGAAAGAAAAAAAAAAACAAUAUUGAAGUGAGAGAGAGAAAAGGCAACGUUUUCCUACUUUCAGUGUUUUCAUGAGAGGCGGACGAAUCCUAAAUCAACCGACGAACCCAAACGGACACACAGACCUGACGUACGAGGCUAAAAAGUGAGACAUAGCGUAAUAACGUGUCGAUCCAACUAGACAGAUGAGUGCAUUAAUACAGAGACCGAUUUAAAAAAAAAAAAAAAAAGUAAUGAUACAGACGAGCGAGACGUCGGACGACAUCGUCUUGUCUACCGAGCUCCAUCAGACUCUGAUUAAAAACAAACACAACCCCUAAUUAGAGAUUUGUCCACCUCAGGCCUUGUUAGUCAUUUUGUCUACUUCAGGUUAGUUUGCUUCAUGUUUAUUUUAUUUUAUUUUUUUUGGUCGUUUGUUUGUUUAAUCCCAAAUAAGUUUGUGACACGGAGCACAGGAUUGUGCUGGAGGGAUGUUUUGGCAAAGAAAGUGCAUCAUGCGAGUCUUAGACGUACGUGUCUACGUUCGUAGAUUAGUGGAACUUGUUUGAUGGGUUGUACCUGUUUUCAGGCGUUAAUGUCGUCAACGAGAAUGUUUAAAAAAAAAAAAAAAGGAAAAACGGUCGACGCACUAUAUAACAACCCUGUUGAAUGUUAACCGCUCGCCCGCCGCCAGUGCGUCGCUUUUUCUUUCGUAGGUCGCAAAAACGACAGACAAACGGCACUCGAGCCUAUUAGUUCAGAAUAGGACACUGAUUGUAAUUUUUUUAUAUAUAUAUAAAUAUAUAUUUCUACAUUUGCAUCUUUUGUGGAGGUUUUAUGUCUUAUAGUAAGACUUACUUGAAUUGUAUAUGCAGCGGUUUUCUCACAUUUUGCUCUGGAAACUACCUUUAUACACACAUACACACACACACACACACAAAGCUGUUCUUGACAUGAGGCAAUCGCUUUGGUUUGGAGAAUCAUUUCGAACUCUCGUCGAAUCAGUAUUUAUCUCGACCUCACGUCCUUCUCAUCCCAUUUUCACUGCAGAGACACCGGACGUUGGUUUUGUUCUCAAAACAUUAAAAAAACAAA